AUGGCUGCUGCCUUAGUGGGAGGCUCAUUCCUCUCUGCUUUCCUUCAAGUGCUAUUUGAUAGGAUGACUGCACCGGAAUUCCUAAAUUUGUUUAGUAAUCAGAAGGCCGAUGAUUAUCUCCUCAAGAAUCUCGAGAGCAAGUUAAGCACUGUUGGAGCCGUGCUCGAUGAUGCAGAGAACAAGGAAAUAUGGAACCAAUAUGUCAAGAAAUGGCUUGAAGAGCUUCAUGAUACAUUUUAUCAAGCAGAGGAUUUACUGGACAGAAUCAACACUGAAGCCCUGCGAAUUAAGGUAGAAACUGAGUAUGAAAGCUCAACCAGCACUUGUACAAGCUCCUUGAGAAGAUUAUGCUUUGAAAGGAUUCUGCCUUGUGCAUCUUCGGGUGAUAAGUUUCUUAGGAGGAUCAUGCCUGAGAUAGAAAUAAUAGUGAUGAGGCUGGAGGGAUACAUACAGCAAAUUACUCCCUUGGGUUUGCAGGUUGUUCAUUCCAAAAUACAGUCACAUCAACAAUUUGAAACACCUUUGGUUAAUGAGACUACUAUUUUUGGGAGAGAUGCUGAUAAAGAGAAGAUAAUUCAAAUGUUGCUCUCCGAGGAUGCAGACACAGAAAAUAUCAUUGUGGUUCCAAUAGUUGGACUGGGUGGGCUCGGUAAGACCACCUUGGCUCGAAUGAUUUACAAAGAUUCGAGGGUGGAAGUGAGUUUUCCUACCAGGGCAUGGGUCUGCGUAUCAGAAGGGUAUGAUGCUACUAGGAUAACAAAAGAACUUUUAAGGGAACUCAAUAUUUCUUUUGUUGACAGUGAUAACUUGUUCUCCCUUCAAGUGAAGCUACAAGGCGGCCUAACUCAGAAAAAGUUCCUUCUUGUUCUGGAUGAUGUUUGGAAUAGUAACUACAAUCAGUGGGAUAAUUUAAGGAGCCCUUUCAAUUUUGGAUCAUGUGGAAGUAAGAUCAUUGUCACAACACGAGAUCAGAAUGUUGCAAGGAUGAUGGCCAAAGAAAGGUCAAUUCAUCAUCUGAAUUUCAUACAAGAGGAAGAUUGUCGAUCAUUAUUUAAGAAGCAUGCAUUUGAAAAUAAAGAUGGCAAUGAAAAUGCAGAACUUGAAGAAAUAGGAAACAAAAUUGUUAAAAAGUGUGGUGGGUUGCCUUUGGCUGUGAAAACAGUUGCGGGUAUUUUGCGUUCCAAAACAACCCCCAAAGAAUGGGAAGAGAUUUUAGCAAGUGAAGAGUGGACUCAAAUGGAUAAUGAAAAUGGCCCCAUACCAGCAUUGAGAUUAAGCUACAUUCAUCUUCCUUCCCAUCUUAAGAGGUGCUUUGCUUAUUGUGCUGUGUUCCACAAAGAUUACCAGUUUAGAAAAGAGGAAAUAAUUCAGUUAUGGCAAGCUAAUGAUCUUUUAGGGUAUCCUGGAGAAAAUAAAAGAAUUGAAAACAAGGGUGAGAAGUACUUUGAUGAACUGAUAAUGAGAUCAUUAUUUCAUAAGUCAACUGACCAUACUUUCUCCAUGCAUGACCUUGUCAACGAUUUGGCUAGGUUUGUUUUUGGGAAAUAUUGCCUUAGGUUGGAAGAUUGUCAGGAAGGCGAUGCUACAGUAUCUGGUGCAAGACAUUUUUCAUACCAUCCUAGUGUGUUUGACACAUUUCAUAAGUUUAAUCUCUUGAGGGGGACUAAGAAUAUAAGAACAUUCUUGCCAUUGAGAAUGCGUCAAGACUUGGGUCGUAAAUUUUCUCUAAGCAACAAAUUUUUAGAGGAUACCUUGCCCCAGUUCAUGUCUUUAAGGAUUCUAUCUUUGUCCUAUUAUGAGAAUAUUCUGAAGUUACCAAACUCAUGGAGUGGUUUGAAACAGCUUCGAUUUUUGGAUCUCUCUUCUACAAAAAUAAAGGAGUUACCGAAGUGGAUAUGCGGUUUCUAUAAUCUACAAACUUUGUUGUUGUCAAAGUGCAAAGAACUUGAAGAGUUGCCGGCAAAUCUAGGAAAGUUGAUUAACUUGUGUUGCCUGGAUAUUAGUGAAACUCCAUUGAAGAAAAUGCCACCACAAAUGGGUAGACUAAUAAACCUUCGAGUCUUGACUGCUUUUGUCAUAGGCAAAGACAAUGGUUCGACAAUUAAGGAGUUAGGCAAGCUUCCUAUGCUACGUGGUAAGCUAUUCCUUUCUGGGCUGGAAAAUAUUUCUAGUGGUAGGGAUGCAUCCUUAGCGAACAUGGAAGGCAAGAAAAACCUUGAAAAGUUAACUCUCAAGUGGGACAGUGGUGCUAACAAUUCACAGGUUGCAAAGGAUGUGCUUGAUAAACUACGACCUCAUUCAAGCAUUAAGUAUCUUAAAAUAGAAGGAUAUUGUGGGACCACAUUUCCAAAUUGGCUAGGCAACCCUUCAUUAAGCCGUUUGGAAUCCUUAAGUCUGUCUAGUUGUGAAUAUUGUCAUUCCUUGCCUACACUUGGGCAGUUAAGGUUCUUGCAAUCACUUGAGAUUGUUGGAAUGCCUCGUAUAUUAGCCUUGACACAGAAUUUUUAUGGAGAUGUCAAUGCAACCAAACCAUUCCCAUCUCUAAAAAAAUUGAGAAUUGAGAAGCUGCCAGAGUGGGAGAGAUGGCACAUACCAGAAGAUGAAGUCUUCAAUAUACUCGAAGAGCUCAGGAUAAUUGAUUGUCCCAGACUAAUUGGAGAACUUCCCCAACAAUUUCCAUCACUACAAAGCCUUGAGAUAUCUGGCUGCGAUAGUCUUGUGCAUCCUAAUGGUCAAUUGAGCAUCCUGAAUGGAGAGAUUCAACAAAAAUUUUCAUCUCUUUGUCAAUUGAAGAUUUCAAUUCUAAAGAAUUUGAAAGAGUUGCCUGUACAGCUCAACCAAUUACACAAACUUGAGGGAUUGACAAUUGAUGAUUGUGGGUCUCUCUCACCCUCGCACGUGAGUAGACCACCAACCUCAGUUAAAUCACUUGCGUGCAAGAGAUGCUGCAAUUUGGAAUUAGGGGGUUCAAACUGGGAGGGUGGUGGGAACUUGGAGUACUUGCAAGUAGAGAAUUGUGACUCUGUCAAAGUCAAAGUAGAGUGGCUUGCCUCGUUUCCCAUGCUAAAAUUUUUUGUUAUCCUGAAAUGCAAGAGUAUUGAGAUGCUCUCAGUUCUUGCUACACCUGCACCUGGGAUUGGGAAUCAGAGUGGCAUGACAACUACUACUACUACAAUGAUGUCACUUCAAGUCUUAUACAUCUUAAGCUGCGAUGAUCUAAUGUCUUUUCCAGAGGGAGGAUUGGCAGCCCCCAAUCUAACGGAGAUUUUUAUCAAAGAUUGCCAGAAGCUCAAGUCGCUGCCACAACGGAUGGAAUCCCUCCUCCCAUCUCUUCGAAAUCUGCAUCUAGAAAAUUGUCCAGAAAUUGAGUGCUUCCCGGAAGGGGGUUUGCCCUCUAGCCUACAAAUCCUUGAGAUCUUGAGGUGCAAAAAGCUCAUGAGUCGCCAAAGACAGUGGGGUUUGGAUAAACUCCCCUCUCUCACGGACUUGUGGAUCGUGGGUAUCAAGGAUGGAGUAGAGUCAUUUCCAGAGGAGGACUGGCAACUGCCUUGCACGCUUCAAGCUCUCUUGUUGCAGUUCCUUGAGAAUCUGAAAGUGCUAAACUAUUCAGGUCUUCGACACCUCACCUCUCUUCAACGCCUAGUUAUCGGCUUCUGCCACAGACUCCAGUCCCUACCAGAAGAGGGACUGCCUGCCUCUCUCACCAAAUUAGAUAUCUCCGAUUGCCCAAUGUUGAAACCAAGGCUAGAAUGGGAGAAAGGACAAGACUGGCCCAAGAUUGCUCACAUCCCUUGUCUGGUAAUCGAUGGCGAGCUAGUUCCUUGA